GAGGGGGAGGUGAAGGUGGUGGAGGAGGUGAAAGAGCAGGAAGAGCCUCAGGAGGAGCCUAUCAUAGCACUGAGUCCUCCCCAGAGCCCUCAGAGCACCUCCUUCUCGGCACCAGAGAGCACCUCCGAAGGAGGCUGCAAUAACCAAGAAAUUGAGGAUAAAAGUGCCCCGCAGACUUCAACAGACACCAAAUCUUUGCCCAAAGACCCACUAGAUGAGGUGGUAGCUGAUGUAGUGCGUUUCAUGGUCCUUAAAUAUCAAUUGAAGGAGCUCAUCACAGAGGAGCAUAUGCUGAAUGUGAUCCUGAAAAGGUACAAGAAACAUUUCCCUGUGAUCUUUAAGAAAGCAUCUAAGUGUUUGGAAGUGGUCUGUGGCAUUGAAUUGAUAAUGGUGGACCUUACCGUCCAAGCCUAUGCCCUUGUCGACGCUCUGGACCUCACUCUUGAUGAGGUGUCUAGUGACAGCCACAGCAUGCCUAAAAACGGUCUCCUGGUACUCAUCCUGGGUGUGAUCUUCAUAGAGGGCAAUCGCGUCUCUGAGGAAGACCUCUGGGAAUACCUGAAUAUUAUGGGAGUGUAUGCUGGGAGGGAGCAUUUCAUUUACGGGGAGCCCAGGAAGCUCAUCACCAUAGACUGGGUGCGUGAGAAUUACCUAGAAUACCGGCAGGUGCCUGGCAGCGAUCCUCCACGCUAUGAAUUCCUGUGGGGUCCCAGGGCCCAUGCUGAAAUCACCAAGGUGAAAGUUCUAGAAUUUUUGUAUAAGAUCCAAGGGAUUGACCGCCAUUCCUUCUCACUGUGGUAUGAGAGGGCUUUAAGAGAUGACAGAGAGAGGGCUCAGGCCGGCAUCGGUUCUGGGGAAAGUACUGCUGCCAUGUUCGGUGCACAGCAGUGAUCAGCGGCGGUUCCUGCCGCAACUGCAGAGUCAGCGCAGAUAGUCACUCUGUAGAUGAAGAGGGCAGUCCUGGCUCUGAGUACAGGGUCAGGGUCACACUGGGGAGAACACGGCAUACAACCACUUUGUGCUCCUGUUUUCUAUGAAUGAAUUGGAGGUGUUUUUUUUUUCUUACCUUUUUGAGUUUUCAAGUGCUAUUGCCUUUACUAGAGAGUUUAUUAGCAUUAGAAUCUAAGUGUUGAAUGAAUUUCUCACAUAUCUGUUCCUGUGUCUCAGAUUUAAGAAUAUGAGUUUUGGUAUUUUACAAAAUAAACUGGGGAAUGUAUUUUGUCUUGUGAUCUGGAACAAGAUAACAACGCAGGAAUGGGAAUUUCCUUGGAAAUGUGAAAGAAAAUGGAGGAACAAAUGGAAUGUCAAAGGUGGUUCAUGUUUGGCUUCCCAUAACCACUAGUUUAUGGUUCUGUAAAAUUAAAACACAUAGACCUGGACUUGCUUGACUUGCUGAAGAAUGUAGGCAUAAUCUUAAAAACUCUUAUUAAAUGAAAGAUCCUGCUUAC